CCGAGGAGCCCUGGCGGGCGUGGAGUCCCGGUCCCCGCCACUGGGAGGCCGCGUCCCCACUGGAGGGGGCAGGGCGUGAUUUCUCAGCCGCCAGGCGGCCGCAGGCUGCCUGCUUGCUCCUUCGCUGAGGUGCUAGCAGUUCCAGCGCGCUUGUCCCCGCCCCCGAUCCUUGAGGGGGGAGGGGAUAGUGGAAGAGAAGGGGCGGGCGCCCGCCAGCGGUGAAUCACCUCCUCCUCCUGCCUCAGCGCCACCGCCACCUUUCCAUUCAGUCUCAACAUGGCUGGAGCGCGGCGGAGGUGAGCCGGUCGCCCCCUGCCGCCCCAGCCUCCUGCGCUCGAGCGCUGCGGCUCCAGCGGCGCCUCAGCUCUGCGGUGCCGAGGCCCAGGGGCCAGCCCAUCACCCGCCGCCAGCAUGUGGAGCACCUCGGACGAGAGCUCCGUGCGAGUGGCUGUCAGAAUAAGGCCACAGCUUGCCAAAGAAAAGAUUGAAGGAUGCCAUAUUUGUACAUCUGUUACACCAGGAGAACCUCAGGUCUUCCUAGGGAAGGAUAAAGCCUUUACUUUUGACUAUGUAUUUGACAUUGACUCUCAGCAAGAGCAGAUCUACUCUCAGUCUAUAGAAAAACUGAUUGAAGGUUGUUUUGAAGGAUAUAAUGCUACAGUUUUUGCUUAUGGACAAACUGGAGCUGGAAAAACAUACACCAUGGGGACAGGAUUUGACGUUAACAUCACUGAGGAAGAACAGGGUAUUAUUUCUCGUGCCGUUAAACAUCUUUUCAAGAGUAUUGAAGAUAAAAAACACACUGCAAUUAAAAAUGGACUUCCUCCUCCAGAUUUUAAAGUGAAUGCCCAAUUCUUAGAGCUCUAUAAUGAAGAGGUUCUUGACCUAUUUGAUACUACUCGUGAUAUUGAUGCAAAAAAUAAAAAGUCAAAUAUAAGAAUUCAUGAAGAUUCAACUGGAGGAAUUUAUACUGUGGGCGUCACAACACGUAAUGUGAAUACAGAAUCAGAGAUGAUGCAGUGUUUGAAGUUGGGUGCUUUAUCACGGACUACUGCUAGUACCCAGAUGAAUGUUCAGAGCUCUCGGUCACAUGCCAUUUUUACCAUUCACUUGUGUCAAACCAGAAUGUGUCCCCAGACAGAUGCUGAAAAUGCAACUGAUAAUAAGAUGAUUUCUGAAUCAUCAGAGAUGAAUGAAUUUGAGACCCUGACUGCAAAAUUCCAUUUUGUGGAUCUGGCAGGAUCAGAAAGAUUGAAGCGUACUGGUGCUACUGGAGAGCGGGCAAAAGAAGGCAUUUCCAUCAACUGUGGACUGUUGGCACUUGGCAAUGUAAUAAGUGCACUGGGAGACAAGAGCAAAAGGGCUACCCAUGUUCCCUAUAGAGAUUCCAAGCUAACAAGACUUCUACAGGACUCCCUUGGGGGUAAUAGCCAAACAAUCAUGAUAGCGUGUGUCAGCCCUUCAGACAGAGAUUUUAUGGAAACUUUAAACACCCUGAAAUAUGCCAAUCGAGCUAGAAAUAUCAAGAACAAGGUGAUGGUCAAUCAGGACAGAGCUAGUCAGCAAAUCAACGCACUCCGUAGUGAGAUCACGCGACUUCAGAUGGAGCUCAUGGAGUAUAAAACAGGUAAAAGAAUAAUUGAUGAGGAAGGCGUGGAAAGCAUCAACGACAUGUUUCAUGAAAAUGCCAUGCUACAGACAGAAAAUAAUAAUCUGCGUGUAAGAAUCAAAGCCAUGCAAGAGACAGUUGAUGCUUUGAGGACUAGAAUCACACAGCUUGUUAGUGAUCAGGCCAACCAGGUUCUUGCCAGAGCAGGUGAAGGGAAUGAGGAGAUUAGUAAUAUGAUACACAGUUACAUCAAAGAAAUUGAAGAUCUCAGGGCAAAAUUAUUAGAAAGUGAAGCAGUGAAUGAAAAUCUUCGAAAAAACCUGACAAGAGCCACAGCAAGAUCGCCAUAUUUCAGUGGAUCAUCAGCUUUCUCUCCAUCUAUCCUAUCCUCAGACAAAGAAACCAUUGAAGUUAUAGAUCUAGCUAAAAAAGAUUUAGAGAAGCUAAAGCGGAAAGAAAAAAAGAAGAAACGAAGGCUACAGAAACUUGAGGAAAGCAAUCGAGAAGAAAUAAGUGUAACUGGGAAAGAGGAUAAUACUGACACUGACCAAGAGAAGAAAGAAGAAAAAGGUGUUUUAGAAAGAGAAAACAAUGAAUUAGAAGUGGAAGAAGGUCAAGAAGUAAGUGAUCAUGAGGAUGAGGAAGAAGAAGAUGAUGAUGAGGAAGAUGACAUUGAAGGGGGUGAAAGUUCUGACGAAUCAGAUUCUGAAUCAGAUGAAAAAGCCAAUUAUCAAGCCGACUUAGCAAACAUUACUUGUGAAAUUGCAAUCAAGCAAAAGCUGAUUGAUGAGUUAGAGAACAGCCAAAAAAGACUGCAGACGCUGAAAAAGCAGUAUGAAGAGAAGCUAAUGAUGCUGCAACAUAAAAUUAGGGACACUCAGCUUGAAAGAGACCAAGUGCUUCAAAACUUAGGCUCAGUGGAAUCUUAUUCAGAAGAAAAAGCAAAAAAAGUUAAGUCUGAAUAUGAAAAGAAACUCCAAGCCAUGAAUAAGGAACUGCAGAGACUUCAGACGGCCCAGAAAGAACAUGCAAGGCUGCUCAAAAACCAAUCCCAGUAUGAAAAGCAGCUGAAAAAAUUACAACAGGAUGUGAUGGAAAUGAAAAAGACAAAGGUUCGCCUAAUGAAACAAAUGAAAGAAGAACAAGAGAAGGCCAGAUUGACAGAGUCUAGAAGAAACAGAGAGAUUGCCCAGUUGAAAAAGGAUCAACGUAAGAGAGAUCAUCAGCUUAGACUUCUGGAAGCCCAAAAAAGAAAUCAAGAAGUGGUUCUUCGUCGCAAAACGGAAGAGGUCACAGCUCUUCGUCGGCAAGUAAGGCCCAUGUCAGAUAAAGUGGCUGGAAAAGUCUCUCGGAAGCUGAGCUCAUCUGAUUCCCCUGUUCAAGACACAGGUUCCAGUGCAGCUGCUACAGAAACAGAUGGGUCAAGGGCAGCAGCCCAACAGAAAAUGAGAAUUCCUGUGGCAAGAGUCCAGGCCUUGCCAACGGCCACAACAAAUGGAACCAGAAAAAAAUAUCAGAGGAAAGGGUUGACUGGCCGAGUGUUUACUUCUAAGACAGCACGCAUGAAGUGGCAGCUUCUUGAACGUAGGGUCACAGAUAUCAUCAUGCAAAAAAUGACUAUUUCCAAUAUGGAGGCUGAUAUGAAUAGACUUCUCAAGCAACGGGAAGAACUCACAAAAAGACGAGAGAAACUUUCAAAAAGAAGGGAAAAGAUAGUGAAGGAGAAUGGAGAGGGAGAUAAAAAUGUGGUUAACAUCAAUGAGGAGAUGGAGUCACUAACUGCUAAUAUAGAUUACAUCAAUGACAGUAUUUCUGAUUGUCAAGCCAACAUCAUGCAAAUGGAAGAAGCAAAGGAAGAAGGUGAGACAUUGGAUGUCACUGCUGUCAUUAACGCUUGCACACUCACAGAAGCCCGAUACCUGCUAGAUCACUUCCUAUCAAUGGGCAUCAAUAAGGGUCUUCAGGCUGCCCAGAAAGAGGCUCAAAUUAAAGUACUUGAAGGUCGCCUGAAACAAACUGAAAUAACUAGUGCCACACAAAACCAGCUCUUAUUUCAUAUGUUGAAAGAGAAAGCAGAAUUAAAUCCUGAGCUAGAUGCAUUACUCGGCCAUGCUUUACAAGAUCUAGAUAGCGUACCAGUAGAGAAUCUAGAGGAAAGUACUGAUGAAGAUGCACCUUUAAACAGUCCAGGAUCAGAAGGAAGCAUACUGUCUUCAGACCUUAUGAAGCUUUGUGGUGAAGUGAAGCCUAAGAACAAGGCCCGAAGGAGAACCACCACUCAAAUGGAGUUGCUGUAUGCAGAUAGCAGUGAACUAGCUUCAGACACUAGUACAGGAGAUGCCUCCUUGCCUGGCCCUCUUACACCUGUUGCCGAAGGGCAAGAGAUUGGAAUGAAUACAGAGACCAGUGGUACUUCUGCUAGGGAAAAAGAGCUCUCACCCCCAUCUGGCUUACCUUCUAAGAUAGGCAGCAUUUCCAGACAGCCAUCUCUAUCAGAAAAAAAAAUACCAGAGCCUUCCCCUACAUCAAGGAGAAAGACAUAUGAGAAAGCAGAAAAAUCAAAGACCAAGGAGCAGAAACACUCAGAUUCUGGAACCUCCGAGGCUAGUCUUUCACCUCCUUCUUCCCCACCAAGCCGGCCCCGUAAUGAACUGAAUGUUUUUAAUCGUCUUACUGUUUCACAGGGAAACACAUCAGUUCAGCAGGAUAAGUCUGAUGAAAGUGACUCCUCUCUCUCGGAGGUACACAGAUCCUCCAGAAGGGGCAUAAUCAACCCAUUUCCUGCCUCAAAAGGGAUCAGAGCUUCUCCACUUCAAUGUAUCCACAUAGCUGAAGGACAUACAAAAGCUGUACUCUGUGUAGAUUCUACUGAUGAUCUCCUGUUCACUGGAUCAAAAGAUCGUACAUGUAAAGUAUGGAAUCUGGUGACUGGGCAGGAGAUAAUGUCAUUGGGUGGUCAUCCCAACAAUGUCGUAUCUGUAAAAUACUGUAAUUAUACAAGUUUGGUCUUCACCGUUUCAACAUCUUAUAUUAAGGUGUGGGAUAUCAGAGAUUCAGCAAAGUGCAUUCGAACGCUGACGUCUUCAGGUCAAGUUACUCUUGGGGAUGCUUGUUCUGCAAGUACCAACCGGACAGUUGCUAUUCCUUCUGGAGAGAACCAGAUCAAUCAAAUUGCACUAAACCCAACUGGCACUUUCCUCUACGCAGCUUCUGGAAAUGCUGUCAGAAUGUGGGAUCUUAAGAGGUUUCAGUCUACAGGAAAGUUAACAGGACAUCUCGGUCCUGUCAUGUGUCUUACUGUCGACCAGAUUUCCAAUGGACAAGAUCUCAUCGUCACUGGUUCCAAGGAUCAUUACAUCAAAAUGUUUGAUGUAACUGAAGGGGCUCUUGGAACUGUGAGUCCUACCCACAAUUUUGAACCUCCUCAUUAUGAUGGCAUUGAAGCCCUAACUAUUCAAGGAGAUAAUCUCUUUAGCGGGUCCAGAGACAAUGGAAUCAAGAAAUGGGAUUUAGCUCAAAAAGACCUUCUUCAGCAAGUUCCUAAUGCACAUAAGGACUGGAUCUGUGCCCUGGGAGUGGUGCCAGGCCACCCAGUUUUGCUCAGUGGCUGCAGAGGGGGCAUUUUGAAACUCUGGAACGUGGAGACUUUUGUGCCAGUUGGAGAGAUGAAGGGUCACGACAGUCCUAUCAAUGCUAUAUGUGUUAAUUCCAGCCACGUGUUCACUGCAGCUGAUGAUCGAACUGUGAGAAUUUGGAAGGCUCGCAAUUUACAAGAUGGCCAGAUCUCUGACACGGGAGAUUUGGGGGAAGACAUUGCCAGUAAUUAAACAAGAAUGAAGAUACUCAUAAACUGAAAACUGUGAUAAUAUUCUGUAUGUCCUUUAUGAAAAAUAUUGUUCUGCAUUUACUAGGCAAAAACUUAUGAAUGGGAUUAACUGGAAAAUAUAUCUGAAUCCAACUGCUGAAUAUAAAUGGUAUUCUAAUAAAAUUGUGUCUCUCCUCUGUGUUUAACUUUAGUAUCUACUGAUGCAUACAUAUCCUACAAUUGAUAUGCUGCUUGAUGUGUACUCUUAUUGUGGCUGGAUUUUUGUGCCUAGCUAUUAAAAACAAGAUGGAACACCUUCAAAUUAUUUAAAUGACAAGAUGUCUGCUUUUGCAACAGUCAGAAAAUACAUCUGGAAUACAAUGCAACCCACUGUUAACACAUUCAUAUAAUCAGUUCAGAUAAUGUGUGUAUUUAUAUACCUAUACAUAUAUAUAUAUUAUAUUGGGAAUAUUAGUCAAAUUGUAGUCUUCUUGUCUGUAAUUUAAAUCAGUCUACAGAAGGUUCCCAAAUUCCAUAGCUCUCUGAAUGUAAUGGGGGAAAAAAAAGAUGUGAAAAUAUUACUGAUGAUGUUUUCAUAAAGUGGAAUUGACCCUAAUCUACUAACAAAGAAUGUCAAGCAGUUUGUAUUACUAUUGAUGUUUACUUGUAUUGACCAAAGUUUUGUGCUAUAUUCUGUGCUCAGGACUAAACUGCUGUUGAGUUGUUUUAUUAGUGCUGUGCAUACCUUCUGUGAUGGUCAACACUUUUGAUGUCCUAACAGAAAAAUAUUUUGAUCUAUUUUCCUAUGGAGUUGUUUCUAUUAUUACCUUUUAAUUUCAUUUUUAUUUAAUAGUAGCGUUUCCUUCCCCUUUUAUCUAAUUUUUUAUAUGCUGCUAAAUAUAUUUUAAAUACACUAUGUUUGCAAACCUUAGUAGCUAGGAUGAGAACUAUAUCAUCUGAAGUGGGAAAAGCUAUGUAAAUAGUUAGGUUGUAACUAGAGAAUGUCUUACAUUGUACCUGUAUGAAUUUUUAAAUGCUGUAGAUUGGAUUUUGAGAAAGAUUGUGUAAUUAUCUGCUCAGAACAUUAAUUUGCAAUCCUGCAAAUUUAAUUUUUAUGUAUAUGAAUUAACUUUGAAAAUAUUGUCUUAGGUAUUCCCCCCUCACCCUGAAAGUAUUUGCUUGUAAAUGAAAGGCUUAGCUAGAGCUUAAAUAAACAUGUUGCCAUGAA